CUCCACCUCCACCCUCCACCUCCACCUCCGCCUUUGUGCCGACGCGGAAUCGCAAGCCGCCGUCCCUUACCGCGCAGCACCGCACCGCAGCCAUGGCCGCGCAGCAACCGCAGGCCUAUGCUGACCCUCACACCCCGCUGCAUCCCAAGAAGCCGCCGCUCCACGCCCUACUUAAAAAACUCACCGACCGCGACAAGAAAAUCCCCAAAAGCGCCAUUCCACUCACCAGGCGCAACCUCGAGGAGUUCCACAACCCCGACUACACCGACAUCCACGAUGCCUUCCUCCCAGUUCGCCCACAGCGAAAGAUAUCGGUACAUGAAUGGCUUCAACUCCUACCAUGAGUCAGAAGCAGUAGACGGUGCGCUCCCCGUCGGCGCAAACUCCCCCCAGAAGCCGCCGUACGGCCUCUAUGCCGAGAAGCUGUCGGGAACCGCCUUCACCGCGCCGCGCCACGAGAACCAGCAGACCUGGCUGUACCGCAUCCUCCCCUCGUGUGGACACAGCAACUUCGAGCCGCGCGAAUCGUCAACCUACAACACCAAUCCCGAGAACAAGCCCUACGAGAAGAUCCACCACAUCCCCAACCAGCUGCGAUGGGACCCCUUCGAUCUCGACGAGACCGUCGACUGGGUGCACUCGCUGCAUCUGGUCGCCGGUGCCGGCGACCCUACGAUGAAGACCGGCAUUGGCAUGUACAUCUUCGCGGCGGGGAAGGACAUGGACCCGCACGAGGCCUUCUACUCUGCCGACGGCGACUUUCUGAUCGUCCCCCAGCAUGGCGUCUUGGACAUCAGGACCGAAAUGGGUCGCAUCCUCGUCCGCCCGAACGAAAUCUGCGUGAUCCCGCGGGGCAUCAAAUACCGCGUCACCCUGCCCCAAGGUCCCGUGCGAGGCUACAUACUCGAGCUUUACCAAGGCCACUUCCAGCUUCCCGAACUCGGGCCUAUCGGUUCAAACUGUCUCGCCAAUGCUCGCGACUUCCAGGCUCCUGUCGCCGACUUCGAUGAAGACACAGAAUCAGAAUGGCACAUCUUGUGCAAAUUCGCCGGCCAUCUCUUCCAGGCUAAGCAAACUCACACGCCCUUCGACGUUGUAGCCUGGCAUGGCCUCUACUACCCUUACAAGUAUGAUCUCGGCCGCUUCAAUACCAUGGGCAGCGUCUCCUUCGAUCACCCUGACCCUUCCAUCUACACCGUCUUGACCGCACAGUCCGACCACCCAGGUACCGCAGUAGCAGAUUUCGUCAUCUUUCCGCCGCGAUGGUUGGUCGCCGAAGAUACCUUCCGUCCGCCGUGGUACCACCGUAACACUAUGUCCGAGUUCAUGGGCCUCAUCCAAGGUCAAUACGACGCCAAAACUGGAGGUGGCUUCCAGCCUGCAGGCGCUUCUCUCCAUAACGUAAUGUCCGGUCACGGCCCCGACGCUGCUACGCACGAGAAGGCCUCCAAUGUGGAGCUGAAGCCAAACAAGGUCGGCGAGGGUAGCAUGGCUUUCAUGUUUGAGAGUUGCUUAAUGGUGGGCGUCACGGAGUGGGGACUGAAGAAGUGCCAGAAAGUGCAACAAGACUACAACGCAGAGAGCUGGGAGCCGCUGAAGCCGCACUUCAAAAGACCUACACCGAAGAAAAUUGAGAACGGAGCUGGGGAAGUAAACGAGGGCGUACUGGGAGACAAGGCACAGGUCCCUCAUUGGACCUCGUGAGAGGGGCUUCGUUGGUUCCACGCAGGAAACAGGAGGGGAGGUCGUGAAGGGGCUGACGCGUUUAAGGAAAGGAGUUCAAACGCGCAAUAGUGAAAUAUGGAAAUGUAGAGCUUCACUCUAAUGGUUCGCUACGAACGACGGGAAACGUGAAUGGAACGAUCAGGUAUAUAUUCCUGCAGGCUCGUACUCCUGUAGUGAACGGACAAGGACCUCAAGGAACAAUAACUCAAUUUCUC